CAAGAAUACUACUUCCGGUGUUGAUGUCACGCUGACGACAAAUGAAGCUAGUUGAAGGCUAACCGUGUCAAACGAUAAACCUUACUACAUUUCAGGACCAGUGUCAUCGUUAUUUAGUUUCUUUUCACCAUUUCAAAGCUUUAAUCAUGAUGCAAUUCAUACUUGGCUUCACUCUGGGGAACGUGGUUGGCAUGUAUCUGGCACAGAAUUACGAGGUACCCAAUAUUUCAAAGAAAAUCGAGGCCUUUAAGAAGGACGUCGAGGCCAAGAAAAAACCCCCAGAAUAAUGGACACAAGCACGUGUGGAAAUAUGGCAAAUUGUUAUUAAACUUAGAGUGAUAUUUACGAAAAAGAAUAUAAUCUAGUAUGUGUUAAAGUAUAAACAAAAGCGCCCUCAAGGUGCAGUAUAUUCCUAGUGUCAAAUAGUGCCUCAAAAUCAACAUUGCUUUGAAACUUAAUGUGUUCUGCAUUUUGCAUUGUAUUCUCUCUCUCUCUCUCUCUUCUAAAUCAUGGUAAUUGAUUCAUUAAUUUAUUUUAAAAACCUUUUUUUUGUCAGAAACAGCUUGCAGUGUGACCCAGUUGUUGGAUUCUCUGUAUUUAUUGAGAAAAAAUAUUUGCAGUGCAGAUAGAAGCUGCACGUAAUAAUCAGAUAUUCAAAACAAUUACUGCAAUGUUUUAUAAAGCCUUCUUAAUAUUGUGUAAUAAAGUUCUGAGAUUAUACUAAUAAAAUGCUUGCUUUAAA